UUUUGGGUUUGGUGGGGGCAUGGGUGGCCCUGGAUUCCCUGCUGUCCCCACUGGAGGCAUCCAGGAGGUCUCCAUCAACCAGAGCCUUCUGAAGCCCCUCAACCUGGCGAUCGAUCCCAGCAUCCAGAGCAUCCGUAAGGAAGAGAAGGAACAGAUCCAAACCCUCAACAACAAAUUUGCCUCCUUCAUUGACAAGGUCCGGUUCCUUGAGCAAGAAAACAAAGUCCUGGAGACCAAGUGGGCCCUUCUGCAAGAACAGGGGCACAAAACAGUCAGAAACAACGUUGAGCCCCUCUUUGAGGCUUACAUCAACAACCUCAGGAGGCAGCUGAGCAACUUGCUGGCUGACAAGGAGAAUCUGGGUGGGGAGCUGAGCAAGGUGCAGAGUCUGGCUGAGGACUUCAAGAGCAAAUAUGAAGAGGAGAUCAACAAGCGCACAGCUGCCGAGAAUGAGUUUGUGGUUCUGAAGAAGGAGGUGGAUUCUACCUAUAUGACCAAGACAGAGCUGCAAGCCAGGCGAGAUGCCCUCCUGGAGGAGAUAGACUUCCUCAGAGCCCUCUAUGAAGCUGAGCUGUCUCAGCUGCAGAGCCAGAUCUCCGACACCUCCGUCAUCCUGACCAUGGACAACAACCGCAGGCUGGACAUGGACAGCAUCAUUGCUGAGGUGAAGGCGCAGUAUGAGGACAUCGCCAAGCGCAGCCGGGAGGAGGCUGAGUCCUGGUACCAGUCCAGGUAUGAAGAGCUGCAGGCUACUGCAGGCAGGCACGGGGACGACCUCCGCAGCACCAAGCAGGAGAUCUCUGAGCUCAACCGCCACGUCCAGCGGCUGCGGGCUGAGAUUGACAGCGUGAAGAAACAGGUACACUUGCAGACAGCCAUCGCAGAUGCUGAGCAGCGUGGGGAGCUGGCCCUGAAGGAUGCCAGGGACAAACUGGCUGAGCUGGAGGCAGCCCUGCAGCAAGCAAAGGCAGACCUGGCCAGGCAGCUGCGCGAGUACCAGGAGCUGAUGAACGUCAAGCUGGCCCUGGACAUUGAGAUUGCAACCUACAGGAAGCUGCUGGAGGGCGAGGAGUGCAGGCUCUCUGGAGAAGGUGCUGGUGCAGUGAAUAUCUCUGUGACCAGAACUGCUGUAGGGUCGGGAUACGGAAGUGGGAGCUGCCAGAGCUUCAGAGGCAGCAGUGGGGCUGGAGCUGGGCUCUGUGCUGGAGGAAUGGGCUUCAGCUCUGGAAGUGGACAAGGCACAGCUGGGUCAUGUGUGGUCGGUGGAAGCAGCUCCAGCAUGCAGUACAUCAGCAGCUCUUCGACCAAGAGAUGCUACUGAAGUCCAGCAGCUGCGUGCCACUCUUUCCCUCAUGUUGUGUGCAGUCCUUACCCCAUUACUUGCAAAAGGUUUGGAAUUCCAAGUUGUCUGCCCUUAUUUAUGCAAAUGCCUUGCUCCUGUUUGUUCUUACAUGCUCCGAAAGCCUCA